UGGAACUGCACUGACGAAGUGGACUCAACCUUUGCAGAGCAUUUUUGAGUCAUUUCAUGUCAUUUCAUGUCCAAUUGUGGUCACUUUGACUGGUUAAUUCAGAUCUUUUGCGCAUGAUGCCAGACAAUCAAAAAGCUGCUGCAAAUAUAGUAAAGAAGCGAAGAGGUUGCAGCGGCCGAAAAUGUCACUGAAACUAUUUGGGCUCAAGCAUGAGACUACUGCCAGGCUGAGACUACUGCCAGGUUCAGAUUCAGAUGCAAAAUAAAACGCUUCAAAGAAGCGGGUCCAUGGUCGCCCGGCAAAAGAUCCAAUGGCCCAAAGAGCAGCAAGCGACAGAUGUGGAUGCCAAGGCAGAUUUGCGUGGUGUGCAUUGGCAGCUGAGCUAUUUGCCCUCACACUACGGGCAAACUGAGACCAAAGAAGCUUACAUCAAACAUCCGAGAUAUCAGCGGGAGAAGAUGGUUGAGAAUGGAGAUGACCUCAGAGCGUCUCACAUCGACUUGGCGUUUGGUGCUUCCAAGUCUUGCAAACACUGGGUAGCAGCUUUGACGGACGAAAUGUCCAGGAAUGAGUAUGACAAGUUCCAUUGCAAGAAGCCGGACGGCUUUGAAGCCUUGGGCGCCGAACUGCGCAAGUCACACAUCAGCUUUGGUGAACGUUCGGAGGUUGGAGCUCAGAGUCACCAGAAGAUGGCCUUUGGAGCUCCACCGAAGGUCGCUCAGAUGGCCUCCUUUGCCGACACCGUGGGCAAGGAUCUCCGGGCUUCGCACAUUGACAUCGCCAAUGGUGCAGAGAAGAGCUGUGGUCAUUGGAAAGCUGUGCAGACGUCUGAAAUGGCUCAAUAUGCGCGGGAGAAGUUCAGCUGCCGCAAGCCAGAGGGCUUCUACCACCUCAUAGCCGAACUGCGAAAGUCCAGUGUUCCUUUGGGAGGUCUUGCUCAAGCACAGAGCUCCCGAUCCUAGACUGGUGGCUCAGCAGCUACACUAGCUACAUGGGCCGACACAACAACCCUCCUGACGGCGGCAUUUGGUGUUUCACAACUUCAUCCUCAGCUCAAGGCAGGGGAAGUGUAGCCUAUGUCAAGCUGACCAAAAAGCGUGAAAGCCUUGGAGUUCAUCCUUGAUACUGGGGAAUCCAUCGUAAGGCUAGUAAGGCUUACAGGUACCGCUUCGACCCAGAAAAGGGUCCGGAUCCCGCUGUUCUCGAC